GAUACAAGAGAGGAACAAACAGAGCUGAGGCAGAUAGAUUGCAACGUUCUAACGUCAGAACGGUUUCCGCCAGCAGGCAGAAUACGAACUACAAUUGAGCAACAAUGGAAAGAAAAUGUAAAAUUAUCAUUCUGAACUCAAUUUGCAGUAGAAUUGCACGCAAACAUUAAAGAAGCAUUUAAAGACUGUAAAAACUCACUGUUAGUCAAAGGCUCUGUUAUUAGCCGACUGCCUAAUCUCAUUUGUGUUGUGUACACCAAUUCAAAACCUGCUCGACCUGCCCUGUUAAUGUGACGCCAAACAAGAUGGUCUGGAAGAACCAGGAAAGAUCUAGAUUCCACCCAGAAUGAACUCACUGCUUUAUAGAUUCUUCCAGUCAAAUUCCCGUCCCGCAUGGCGACCAAAUCCCAAACGGGAAAAAGUCAUAACAACAUAAUCCAGGAUAAAGCUAGAUUAGAGGGCCCCGCCUGCCUAGACAGGUCAGAAAAAUAGAGAACAGUAGGAAAGAGUGAGGUGGAAAUAAUGGUGACGUUCAUCCACAAGGCAUUUAUGUUUCCUUUGUCACAAUCAAUGUGGAUAACAUGACUGCCCUAAAUGUCCACUGUCUCUGCAGUCAGUAUUGAUUGGCGGGACACGUGCGACGUCCACUGACACUUGCAGUAUUUUUUUUUUCUGCCAUGUCAUUUUCUUUUCACCAGUGAGAUUGCAUUGUUUUUCACUGUUUAGACUUUCACCCCUUGUGACAGAACACAAAUUAUUAGGAAUUAUUAGGAAAUGUUCUGAAUAAAUGUUUGGCAGGAAUAUGAUUAUGGCAAUGCCCUGGAUCACUAUUGAUCAGCCCAAAAACACACUUGGUCACACCUCAUAAAGUGGGUCACUGAGUAAAUCCCUGGCAUUAAUACAGCACUGAAAAUUAUUUACAUAUACUUUGGUUUUUGAGCACAGGGAAGUGAAUCACAUGGCUGUUCCCAUCAAUGAUUGAAUGAUGAAGUAAAAUCUUGCCAAAUGAGGAACAGAAAAUAUUUCAGCUCUGGUUAUUUCAGCAAAUAACUAUUCAAUGCUUAUUGUGUUGUUUAUCUUCUUGUUAGACUUUACUGAUUGGUCAAAGUAAUACAGAACAGCUGAUUUAAAUUCUCUUAGUCCACAGUCUUUUGACCAUAAUAAUGCAUGUAAGUCUGUAAGCACUGAAACACUCAUGCCAAACAUUCCAGCAAUAAACUAGAAAUGUUGGCCAUGUUGUACACUGUGCACAAUAUGCACAUUUUCUGUAGCCAUAAAAUAGCAUUUAUACAACCAGAAUUCAAUGAUAAAUACUAUAGCUGUGUCCCAAAUCGCAUGCUGAGUAGGUACUACAUUCAAUGAGGAUAUGAGAAUGAGAAUAGUAUGUUCUAUAUAGCAUGUACGUGUGUGUAUUGUGAAUGCAAUUUGGACAUACUAUAUCAGCCAUGUUGUCAUGUGACCUAGGCAUCAGUUACAUUGCUUCUCUGUCAUUCACGGCAGCGUCCGAAAGCUUAAAAAUGCUGCCUUCGGAGGACGCAUUCCAAGGUAGGAAGGCAUCAAGGCACAUCCGAAUCCAAUGUUAGCUUCACUUCUUGUCUCCUGAGAUACCUUCAUCUGACUGAAUUUAAGGCAGCAUAGAUGUAUCCUUUGCUGCCUUUGAUUUCCCACAAUCCUGUGCGUGACAGUUCCAUUCUGUGACAGUUAAAGGAUUAGUUCACUUCUGAAUGAAAAUUUCCUGAUAAUUUACUCACUCCCAUGUCUUUCUUUCUUCAGUCGAAAAAAAAUUAAGGUUUUUGAGGAAAACAUUCCAGGAUUUUUCUCCAUAUAGUGGACUUCACUGGGGUUCAACAGGUUGAAGGUCCAAAUUGCAGUAAGGGUAUAAGGAAUAAGAGUCUUAUCUAGCGAAACGAUCAGUCGUUUUUUUUUUUUUUUUUUUUUAAUAAAAAUGUAUAUACUCUUUAACCACAAAUGCUCAUCUUGCACUGCUCUGCGAUGCGCCACGCAUUACACUGAAGGGUCACGAGUGACGGUAGGCGUGAUGUACCGUGGUAGGGUGAAAAAAUUUUCUCCUCCAAUUUCAAAAUCACCCAAUAUCAUUGUUUUACCUUUUUUUGUAAAGGGCGUUUGGCUUAAUCUUUGCACGUUCGCUUUGUAGACACUGGAUCGGUACUUCCACCUACGUCACGCAUGACCUUUGUAACGUGUUUACGUCAUGCAUUUUUUUUUAGAAAAUGAUCGAUCGUUUCGCUAGAUAAGACUCUUAUUCCUCGUCUGGGAUCAUGUAGAGCCCUUUGAAGCUGCAUUGAAACUGCAAUUUGGACCUUCAACCUGUUGAACCCCAGUGAAGUCCACUAUAUGGAGAAAAAUCCUGGAAUGUUUUCCUCAAAAACCUUAAUUCCUUUUCGACUGAAGAAAGAAAGACAUGAACAUCUUGGAUGACAUGGGGCUCAACUGUCACAGAAUGGAAAGCACAGGAUUGUGGGAUAUCAAAGGCAGCGAAGGAUACGUCUAUGCUGUCUUCAAAAAUUGAUCAGAUGAAGGUAUCUCAGGAGACAAAAAGUGAAGCUAACAUUGGAUUUGGACGUGCCUUGAUGCCUUGCUACGUUAAAAUGUGUCCUCUGAAGGCAGCAUUUUCCAGUUUUCGGAUGCAGCCAUUUUGUGUGGCACCAAACUUUUUCUGCAGCAGUUUAUUUCUGCUACAGAAGCAAUAUUGCCAUCUACAGGGCAUUGAAGGUACUGCAUCAUGUGUGUUCUGCCCUUAUUCACUCAAACUUGUCAACAAGGCUACUUUACAUGAAUGCAACCUUGAUUUAUGGCAUAUUUUGAGGUGUUCAGUUUUAUUUUGAUUUUUCCUCACAAAUCAACUGUUUCUUGUUUUCACUGGCAUGACUCUUAGGUGUUGAGGACUAGUGCAUCUCUGAGCCUACAUCCAGUACGAGUAAAAUACUUAAGUACUAUUAAAAUAAAAUACUCUAAGGCCUGGUUUCACAGACAGGGCUUAGAUUAAGCCAGGAUUAGGCCUUAGUUCAAUUAGGUAGCUAUGCCUUAGAAAAAAACAUUACUGGUGACCAUCUUGAGACAAAACAAUGACACUGACCUAUUUUAAGAUACAUCAGUGCAAGUUGCUUUCAGUUAAAACAGCUCAAACAUGCAUUUUAGUCUGGGACUAGGCUUAAGCCUUGUCUGUGAAACCGUGGGUUUGACUUCUACUCAAGUUGUAUUGGAAUUGGUGACUUGUACUGGAGUCAUUUUUACUGUAAGACAUCUGUACUUUUAAUCAAGUGUGGUUUUCAGGUGCUCUUUACAAAUCUGGCAUCUUGGCAUGCUUUCUACCAGUCGGUUACAUUGCUGUUGGAUGUUUUCAGUAGGGUUCAGGUCUGGAGAUUGGGCUCCAUCCACACCUUGAUUGGCCUGGCUGUGUGGAUUAGAGCAUUGUCCUAUGGGAAAAACCAAUCCUUCGAGUUGGGGAGCAUUGUCAGAGCAGAAGGUGGUAAGUUUUCUUCCAGGAUAACCUUGUGCGUGGCUUGGCGUCCUUCACAAAGACAGAUCUGCCUGAUUCUGAUCUUCUCUGAUGAGUCUAGUUUUCAGCUUUGCCAAACACCUGGUUCUCUAAUAGUUAGACAGAGACCUUGAGAGGCCUACAGCUCACACUGUGGGUUGUUAUCAGUAAGGUUUUAAACACCUAUAUAACAGGUUGAUGCAUGUUGAAGCCAAAUUUAACACUGUCCCGCAGGAAUCCUCAAGUCUAAAGAGAGGCCUCUUUCAUCAGUAACUCGAGAAAGGAUUGCUCACACUGCUGAGUGAUGGACUACAUCUCACCUACGAUACAAGAAUCUAACAGACUGGUGUGCGGAUGACAUGCUGCCCUGAAUGCCACAGUGUGAGAUAAUAAUGCCGUGCGGCUUUGGCACAGGUGCUGACAACCGAGACAGACAACAAGGACCCUCUGACAUGAGAUGAGUGUCAGAAAUAUCUGCACCUUGUUCUAUUUUUACUUUUUCAGAAUAUCGGGGAUGCUUUGUUUUGAUUUUUAAAGGUUACUUUGCUUUUACCUGUACACUAUAUACCACAUAUUCUCUAUUUUGCAUACUGCAUUUAACUUUUAAAAAGCAACUUUGGCACCAACAUGCAUUACCUUGUUUUUGGUGCAUGGUACCAUGGCAGCUAACAUCUAGUUUUGUUGCUUUCAGCAAUAACCAUAAUGAUUUGAUACACAUACAACAGGAAAUCUGAGCUCAGAUGGGUCAUUUGGCACUGUUGACCUCCUGGUGGAGAUGUGAGUGUUACAUAUCAGUUAAAUGGUCGUGGGAUUAGUCAUUAUCCCACCUCAUCAAACUACACCAAUCUGAGAAGACUCCUGUGUGCAUGAUGGCAGGGUAUAAAAAUAGUAACAAACCCUAUUUAUAAGACACAGAUACACUCAGGAGGGAAGCAGCAGCCAUUAUCAGAAGAUCUGACUGAUAACUUUCUUAUCCAGCUUUAAUUUGUCUUGUAUUUGUUUUGACCGCUAAAUGGAGGAGAUGCAUUGCCUGAGCAGGAAGCCCAGGUCAUAUUUGCUGAACUCAUACAGUGAUUUCCAGGAGACUGAUGAGAUUGCCAGAGAAUCGUAUGAGGCCACCUGGUUAGACCUACUGAUGGAGACGAGACCAGAAUAUAAGGUGACACUUGUUGAGAAGGACUCAGUAAGAAAAGAGAGCUACGAAAGUAAGCAGGUGGUUCAUUUCAAGGUGCGACGAUUUCCAAACCACCAGAUGAUUCGCAUGGGGAGAGAGGGGGAGCCCAUGCAGGAAUAUCGUUUACCUUACAGAAACAUUCUCCCAAUACCAAUAUUUGUGCCCAGAGACGCCACACAGCCGGACGUGACCCGCGAGCCCUCGCCUUCUAAAAUAAAAUCCGCCAUGGACACUGAGACUAGUUUAAAUGGAGUUUGCCUUCAGAAGAGAGAGGUCUCGUCCAUUACCGAACAUAAACCAAUGGUAAUCCAACCCAGGAGUCCAGACUUCAGAGCGUCCAGCCUCAUCUCUCCACCACGAGACGCGCUCCACUUCCAGCGACGAGAAUGAUGAGCUGAUGAAAGCUUUCUGCCAUCAUGGACAUGGAUACGAUGACAAGUAUGGUGGGUGACCUCAAUCACACUCAAACUCCAAAGCCUUCAAACCCCAUAUGCUCAGUGUUAUUAUCUACUCGAGAAACCUUAAGGAAGGAAGAAACAAAGGCCAGAAAAAGAGUAUUAAGGCAUUGAAUCAUAUCCGUUUUAUCAUUUGAAUCUUUUUUUUUUUUAUUGUGAAAUGAUUUGCCUUAAGGGUUUAUUUAUUUACAAUAAAUGCCACUUGUGUGAUAUGUAAUGCAAUGUAUUUCUUAAGCAUAUAAAUCUUAAAGGGAUAGUUCACCCAAAAAUGAAAUUUAUCCCAUGAUUUACUCACCCUCAAGCCAUCCUAGGUGUAUAUAGUAUGACUAUAUUCUUUCAGAUGAACACAAUCGGAGUUAUAUUUAAAAAUAUCCUGGUUUUCAUCAAGCUUUAUAAUGGUAGUGAACAGGGGGUGUGUCUUUAUAAAGUAAAAUAACUAGCUUCCGGCAGACAGCUGUACGCAUCGAUUUGCGGUAGGAAAUACGGAAAUACGAGGUGACGUGAACGCACCUUUACUCAUUUGGCACAAAUCAACUUGCGCAGUAUGCGUUCCUUAGUCUGGUGGAAGCUAGUUAUUUUAGUUUAUAAAGUUUUAAAUAUGUAUAUUUUAAUUACAAAAACCUGCUUCACUUCGGAAGGCCUUUAUUAAUCCCCUGGAGCCGUAUGGAUCAUAUUUAUGAUGGACGUAUGCAUUUUUUUGGGGCUUCAAAACACGCCCCCCGUUCACUACCAUUAUAAAGUUUGGGAGAGCCAGGAUAUUUUUAAAUAUAUCUCCGAUUGUGUUUGUCUGAAAGAAUACAGUCAUAUACAUCUAGGAUGGCUUGAGGGUGGGCAAACAUGGGAUCAUUUUAAUUUUUGGGUGAACUAUCCCUUUAAGCAUUUCGUAAGCAUCAAAGUUUAAUUGUUAAUAUACUAAAUAGUUUUGCAAAAAAGGAUAAACUGGGAAAACAUUAGUGAUCUUCAUCCUUAAUAAAAUGUCUGAUUAUAAAUGAGCUGUUGCUUUUUUUUUUUUUUUUUUUUUUAGCAGGUUUAUAAUGAACUGCAGGACAGACAUCUCUGAUGGACAAUCAACAUCUAUUCAAAACAGUUAGUAGUUUUGGAAAUAAAUGCAAUAAAUAAAUACUUUCUUCACUGUG